AUGAAAAUCAUUCUAGUUCUUAUUGUUAUAUGUCUCAUUAUCUUAGUUACUGAAUCUGCUCGUCAUCGUCGACAGUAUGCCGGAAACGGCUAUGCUCAACAAUAUGGGUCAGAUUAUGGACUUUAUGGUCCAGGUGGUCAGGGUUGGGUUACUAAUAAUAAUAAUAAUAAUAUGAAUAAUCGUUAUCCCAAUCCUCAAGGUUUUGGUGGAAAUGGUAAUUUUAAUUGGAAUCAAGGUAAUAGACGUCCUGAAUGGUACUAUAAUACAUCGAAUACUAUUCAAUCUUCGAUUUUCUGUUUUUUAUCUACUAUAAUUUAUAUUCUUGUUAUUUAA